CAUUUUACGGUGUGAGUCAGGCACGUCGGUGGGGUGAUGCUACGGCGCCGGGAAGGGGCCGGGAGAGCGGCGGGGAGCGGCCCGCCCGCCCGGGCUCCUACUCUUAAACCGUGCCGCCGCCGCUGAGGGACGCGCUGCUUCCUCCUUCCCUCGCCGAGGCCGGCCCCGUGGCGGGGGGGCGCUGGGCCUGCCUCCCUGACGGAGCUCCCGCCGGCGGAGGCUGCUGCCUGCGGGUCUCGUCCGGGCAUCGAAAGGAAAAGCCCCGGGUCAGCCCUGCCCCGAGCCGAGCUGCUCGCUCCUCCUGAAGCUUGGGGAGGAAGGGGACUACAGAGGGGCCGUCCUUGCGUUUCAUGUUUCGUCAGCCCGACAGCAUUUUGGCUUUGAUUCCGUCUUGCUCCUACCUGUUCCUGGACAGUGACGGGGAGGAGAAGAGGCACCGUCCCACCAUGUCUCGUUACAGCCUCCAUAAUCUGCUCGACUGGAUGUACGGGGGUGUGGACCCCAGCUUUGCUGGCAACGGAGGGCCAGAAUGCGCGGCCUUUCUCUCCGGGCAGCAGCGCUUUCUGGAGAGUUUGGUCUUCCUCAGCGUGGGCGUCGUGGAGAUCCUCCUGUCCCUGUGGAAGCUCAGGCAGCUGCACUUGAGGGAGCUGGAGGGUCACCUGCUGCAGCAGCCCCAGACUAAGCAGGAGAGCUUGGGCAAGAAUGUGCUGCUGGUGGUGCUCUGCCUCAUCUUUGGGCUGGAGGUGGGGUUCAAGUUUGCCACCAGGACUGUCAUUUACCUCCUGAAUCCCUGCCAUGUGGUCACUAUGAUGCAGAUUUUUCUUCUUGCCUGUCCUCCAUGCCGGAUUGCAAUGAUUCUCUUCAGGUUGCAGAUGCAUAUGCUGAAUGGGGCCCUCUUGGCAUUGCUGUUUCCUGUUGUUAAUACACGCCUGCUUCCAUUUGAAAUGGAAAUUUAUUACAUCCAGCACGUGAUGCUUUAUGUUGUGCCCAUCUACCUGCUGCGGAAAGGAGGUAUCUACACUCCAGAACCACUCUGCAAUUUCUGGUGGGCUCUUUUAUCCACGGGGUUUAUGUUCGUAUAUCAUUUUAGCAUCUUGCAGAUUCUAGGAUUGGUUACAGAAGUGAAUUUGAACAACAUGUUGUGCCCAGCCGUCUCAGAUCCUUUUUAUGGGCCCUGGUAUCGAAUCUGGGCAUCUGGACAUCAGACUGUCAUGACCAUGACUCACGGGAAGCUUGUCAUCCUGCUGUUUUAUAGUGCUGUCCCCAUCUUUAAAUGUAGCGUGGACUUGCUUAGACUCCCAGCUAAGAAAAUAGACUGAAAUUUCUCCCCACGGAGUAGUACGUACAGGAAGCAGAGAUACAUAUACUGGAACACAAAGAGGAGGGAUGAGAGGACAACGUGUUUAUACUUCUCCCCACAGUUUAUUGCCUCAGAAACACCUCUAUAAUCAAGCGAGGGGUUUUUUUAACUGCUGUUUCUCACUGCCUAUUGCCAAUGGCAAAAUUAGUGGCCUUAUUCUGGAAAAGGUUCGUGUUUUGUACAUUUUGUGUAGAUGACAGUAGAAUCUUGCUAAGCCACUGUUUAAAGUUAGGCCAGGAUCUGUCCACAUUCCAGCAAAGAGAGUGGCAGUGCUACCUCGUUUUGACUGAUUUUUUUCCAUUAAAUAUAAGUACACUUAUAGGAUAGGAAACAAAGGCGAAUUACAACACUCCACAGAUGUGAACAAAACACAGGUUGAAGUGCAUCAUCCUGGCUUAACUCUCAGCACUUGAGUGUUGCAGAAUGGUCACGGGGAAACGAUGUGCACUUAAACUCCCAGUCGUAAGUGCAAAACGGUGAGGUGGUUCUGUAUUUUCUUUAAGCUGGUUGAAAAUGUUGGGGAACAAUAACUCAUUCAAAAAUCUCUUUUUUUUUUUUUUUUUUCUUUAAUCAGCUACUUAAUUUCUAAGCUGCUGUGGAUAAAUAUCUAUCUGGGUAAGUCCCAUCAGAUCUUGAUGAUUUGGAGAUGUUUUUCCACUUGCUCAAAUAAAAACACCAUGUAGAAAUAACUUCAAAUGGCCACGUUUACAUAUAAGCUAUGAUAAGAUAUUUCAUCCACUGUUCUGACCUGACUUUGAACAAAAUGGGUUUUUCACUUAGCUUAGACUGGAGGGGGAGUUGAGAUACAAAGUCCAGUGUAAACAUCAGAGUUCUAUUUUUUUUUACUUACUCAUUCUGAAACAUUCCUCCUCUGUUCUGUACUGAUCCUCACUCAGUAGAGUGGUUGGUGAAGUCACAAACAGAAACAAUGUUCUCUCUCUACGGCUCGUUCUGUAUAUACUGAUUUAAAAAUACAGAUAUAGAAAAGAACAUCAAAUCAGUGCAGGCCUCUACUGAAAAGAAAGCGUUCUAGUUUACUCGUAUGACUAAAUCUUGCUGUCAACGCGGGUUUUGGAGAACAGGAUGAAGAUAGGCAGAAUGAUAAAUAGUAAACUGUGUGUCACUGAUCAAAAUUUCCAAGGCUAGAGGAGAAACUGUUGGGCAGAAAGAUGGGAGAACUUGAGUGUGUUCCUCCAGAGAGUGAGUUUUGAGGCGAUUAUGCAGACUGUGUUUCGGAGCUGCAGGAAUUUUGUUGUACAAAAGUUUGUUGCAAUUUAUAGAUUCAUAUUGUUGUCAAAGCUGUGACUUGCAAGAUAAAACCAUCAUACCUCCUCCAGCUGGAUCACCUGAAGAUAUAUUGUGAAGUUAAGGUACAGUCAUUUAUACCUCAAGAAGGAAAAGUAAGAAUGAGAAGUCGUUGGCUUCCCCACACCCCCUUAAAAAAGAAAACUUUUAAUGGGAGAGGGAACAACUGGCUACUUCAAAUAUUUUUUAUUCCUUAUGAUUAAAAAAAGGACACGUCAAUCAGAUAUAGUGUCCCACGUUCCAAUUUACAACCUGGUUUCUGACUUUCUUCCAUGCCUUGCUGUGUGUAUAUAUAUACAUAAUACACUGUACUCCCACAACUUGAGAACAUGCAUCAUAUACCUAAAGUAUCCAUCAGACGUGUAUAGCUAACCCCAGUUAUACGGACUGUUUGGCUCCUGGUGUUUUUAAUUAAAUUCAACCUGAGAAAGCUAAGCACCUGGUAAUGAGAACUACCAACCUAGAGAGUUAAUGUCAGUUGUUGAUCCUGCGAAUGUCUAAGUACGUGACGGUCUCAUCGAGCAGCCUGACUGCCGCCUCAGUGAAGCUGGCCGUGCGUUGCUUAAGUAUUUGUGGAGUGGGGCCUAAAGAAAGAAUGUGUUGGUACUGGAGGCCUGAAUCUGUCUGUGCAAGACCACUUCAUUAGCUGCUGAAGGAUAGAAAUUCAUCCUGUUUGUUUCAGCAGAUUCAGUAUUUCAUGAUGAAAUACAGGAUGUUGUUGGGAGAGGCCGAGACGUGCCGUGCUGGACGUUCAAACGUGCCCCCCACUAACACGCUUCAUCCCCUGCGGGUGGCUGAAUGAAACACACUGCUCCUUCCCUCCCCAUAGUCACGGACAAGGGUAUCGUGGCUAUUUACUGAAGAAUUUUGCCAAAUGCCUUAUGUUGGAUUCCUAUUUAGAAGGAACGUUUGAUAUUACGACAGAAUGAUUUUCGCCAAAUUUUGCCAGUGUUAUUUAGCAUUACUAUUUGCUUAACUUUACUUAUGGGGUUUUUUGUUUUGUUCUUUUGUUUUUUUAAGAAUCUUUCUUGUACCUUUUUUUCUUCAGAAUAUUGUAACUACCAGAAAAAUUUGAGCUAUGUGAAAGUAUCAGCCUUUUUUUUUUUUUUUUUUUUUUUUUUAAAACUACAGCAUUUCCUAUCCGUAGCCAUAUGCUCCAGGGCAUUCUAAGCAAGUAUAAACCAGCUGCUGUUUGCCACCAUUGACUGCCUCUGGUCAGUGAAGACUGCAUGAAGACUGCAAUGAAGACUAUUUAAAUGCAGAAGCAUUUAGAUAAGCUCAGGUGUCUCACUCAGUGUGAGCUGUUUGCUUGGAAUGCAAAAUUUGUGAACUCUCUGGACUUAAAAUUCAGUAGCUGGAAUGGCAGCGUUAAAUAUAGCCAACACAAGAGAAAUCCUUGGGGCAUUUUGGAUGAAAGGAUUCAUGGUGUAGUGCUUGGCCGUUGACUUUGGCCGAGCCACUGUAAGUGACUGCUCCCGCCUCCCCUCCCUCCCACCCCCUACCGUAGGUGGCUGUUCCUGUGCCAUGAGUCGUGCUUUUCCCUGAUACGCCGGUCCUGUUAUUUGGAGUCACACUAGAAAUUUCAGGCAUAAUUUCAGAAAUUGGAGUAUGCUGAUGCAGCUUCUCACCCAGGCCAAUGGGACACUUGUGUUCCCCUUCCAAACCUUACCUGUGCAGGUUCUGGAGCUUGUUGAACUCACCUAUACCCAUUGAAGUCGCUAAAAUAGCGAACUGAACAAGGUAAUUCAGCAAGAAAGAAGCGAGGUAAACCAACUGCUACACUCAGUAAAGAUUUUAGAAUUACCAGAGCUGCUGUAAAAUAGUCAAAUGGUGCAACUGGACUCAGGCUGGAGGAAAGGAAGUGGAACCUUCACCUCUUUUUGAGAGUAAGCUGUUGCUUCACCAUGUCCUGAAGUGCCACAGCUACACCUCUCCUAAAUACCUCCAGGGAUGGCAACUCCACGACCUCUCUGGGCAGCCUCUUCCAGUGCCUGACAACCCUUUCGGUGAAGACAUUUUUCCUAAUAUCCAACCUAAACCUCCCCUGGUGCACCUUGAGGCUGUUUCCUCUCAUCCUAUCGCUUGUUACUUGGGAGCAGAGACCAGCCCCCCCCUCACUCCAGCCCCUCUCAGGCAGCUGCAGAGAGCGAUAAGGUCUCCCCUCAGCCUCCCCUUCUCCAGGCUAAACCCCCCCAGCCCCCUCAGCUGCCCCCCAGCACACUUGUGCUCCAGACCCUGCCCCAGCCCCGCUGCCCUUCUCUGGACACGCUCCAGCCCCUCCAGGCCCUUCUUGUCCCGAGGGGCCCAAAAGUUAAAUUAUUCCCAUUGCCCCAUCUUGAAGGCUCUUUAAACUUAGUGUUUCCUUCUGGUCUAUGGUAUGGGGCCACAAGAAGCUGUGUCGGCGUAGCUGACAGGAGCUUCACAGAAGGUGAAGAACAGGUCAGAAUGGGAGCGGAACUUCUGCAGCUAAUGCCGCGGAACUUCACAUCUUUAUUCCUCAGCUGUCUCUGGUAUCUGGACUAUGCAUCAGACAGAGCUUGUUCAAUCUGCAGGAUAUCGGUUUGAAAGGGAAAGCAAAUACUUCAUCUCCAUAGGGGUUAUUUAUUCUCUUCCCUGGCAAAGGCUGAUUUUUCUUUUCCCUGAAUGGUUUGUUUUGUAGGCAGUUUCGCUAUACAGAUGAUUCCUUUGGUUGCUUUUAUGCUUAUUUAUGCUGGAAAUGAAAGAGCAAAGCUAUACUGUUUUUCUUGAAAGCUAAUUGGCGUUCUCUCCUGCGGUAUUACGCACCCAAUCUGUGUCAAGGUAACUUGAAGCUGUUGCCCGGUACCUGGUGAUGAGAUUUCACGUUGCAGCCGUGCAACUGAAAGGGCCCUCCUUGGUCAAGUGUUCCUACGUCUCUUUUCACAGUACUACCAGGUAUUAAAACAUUAGCCAUAGCUAUGGGGCAGAGCAGGAGGUGGCCUAUAGAGCCAGACAGGCUAGUCCUUCCAGCAGUUGCUUAAGCUGAGUCUAAAGUUUUAACCUGGAAUAGACUGGCGUGCUCUUCGCUAGCAAGUCAGGUGCAAUACCAGGACAGAAGUCUUGUGCAGUGCCAAUUCCUGGACGUCACAGAGAAGCUGGUACGCGGUGUGGUGUCUGCCCAGAGCCCUCUACUCUCCUUUUAGUACUGCGGCGCUUCAAAUAAAAGAAACAAGAGCGAUGACAUUGAUUCUUCCGCCAGUGAAUGAGUGUCGAAAUGUGCCUCCAAAUGCACACAUAAACGAAGCAUUAGUAACUACAAUAAAGUCAUUCACUGAUGGGUUUGUUCGCGCAGCCUUAGAGUAAGUAGCCCCCCAAAGCAGAAAAGGGAGCCAGUGAAAUUUCUGCCCCCUCCGUAACACCUGGCCGUUCAGCCUGUGAACGCCGCGGUUACCGUGCCACGGCUGUAGCUGGCCAGGAUCCACGCAGCGCUCUCUCUCAAGGACUUGGGCGCUGUACGCUGUGUUUGAGCCGUAGCUAUUUGUUUAACUUCCGCCUAUUUAAACACCAAAGAAGAAUUUGCGUCUUGUUUCUUUUGAAGCGUGAAAAUUAACAGCCCUCAACCAUGCUUGUACCAAUCAAUGAAAAGCCACAGUCUAUGAACUCGCACCUAUGCUUGGUUUCGGUUCAGCUCCUUCGGGCUUGGGCUCAGCAAAGCCUGCUCCUGCUUAAGCAGCUUCUGCCUUGCUGAGGCUGGGAGAUGUGAGAAGUGCAUUUGCAUACCUUACGGAGUGCCUCAUCGUACAUUUAUCCCUCUGGUUCUGGCCACAAUCAGGGUUUUGCUACAUCUGUAUAUUUGAUACAAUCUUGUAAAGCCCAGGUGUAUUUUCCUUUCAGAAAUGGCUAUUCGCAACUGUUAAAUUACUGUGCUUAUGUCUGAAGUCGUGCAUCUAAACCACAGGCAUUUGUUUCCCAGGCAUCUCUGGCUAAUGGGAAAUAGGGGCGUGCUGGUUUCCUCGCUGUUGCUGUUUUUUUACUGGCGGCGGGUUCUUAGGCAUUGAAUCGGUCCUAAUAGUUAACAAAGCUCUGGAAAGGCCAAAACCCAGGCAGAGGGCGUGUGUCAGCCCUGCUGUCAGGAGGCGAAAGGUUUCUGCAGGCAGACAGGUCAACUUCGAUGUUUUCGUUUUUACAGUGACAACACUCACAACAAAUCUGUUGAUUCCUGUGAUCUCGUACCCGAAGUGAUAGUGCUGUAAAUCUGUGCUGCAGCUUUUAGCGUACCUUAGUCAAAGCCAAGGUGUUUGGUUGGUUUUUUUGUUUUGGGUUUGGUUUUUUUUUAAAUGAUUUUAUUUUUCUUCAGGGUCACUUUUGUACUUUUUAAAGAAUUAUUUCUGCAUUUACUGAGUCACUAUCUCAAUGCUGCAGCGGCGGCAGCAGGCAGGCCCGUGAGCGUACCCCCGCCGCUCCCGGCACCCGAGCCGCGCGGCCAAGCGAGGCGUCACCCGGGCACAGACCGGUUGGGCGAGGGCAGGGCGGGCGGGGAAGGGCUCAGCUGCCACCUAUGCUGUUAGUUCUGACUAAUUUGUAAGAGCAUUACGACUUUUUGUAAACUUUAUAAUGUGCUAAAACUUGGUUAUGAGGUAACAUUUACAACUAAGGGGUAAUUUGUGUACUUGUUUUUGUAUUUUGGUCUGAUCGUUAAAUUUUUUUGUUGUUGUGCCCUAAGUCCAGAUCACUGGGCAAACAGUUGUUAAACCUUUGAAUUAAAACAAAUAAAUGCAUUUUAAUGGA